CGUUCGGCUGUUGUAGUGGUUCGCUCUCGCGCGCGCAGACGUAAACGCACACACGUCGGAUCUACUCACCCGCGCAUACGAAACGUCGUUCGGUCGUCGGUUGUUUUUAAAAAAUUGUCUUAUUGUUUCGGAUUGCGAUUGUUUAUCGAGGAAAAAGUGAAAAAAAAUAUCGCAAGUUGUCGCAUCGUCAACGAUUCGUCGGGCAAAAAAAUCGCUAGUGCGCUGAUUUGCUCACAAUUGCAGUCGUUUAGACGUAACUAGUAGUAAAUUUCAAUUUUUUUCCUCCGAAUUUUGUCGUGUCGUCGUCGUCAUCGGUUCGUUUCGGAAGAUAAUGAUUGUAUUAUCGUAAGCAUUUCAACAGCAGCCGGAGUAUACCCAAGACCGUUCCCGCGGUUUUCCGGCAAACGUCGGGUCGUUUUUUAUUUCGAUUCUCGGGAUUUUUCCUUUUGAAUUUUUUCUCACUGUUUUCGCAUAAGACAUGUCGUUGACAUGAUCGCGUUUCUACCAGGUCGCCGCCAACAACAAUGUCUUCUUCGUCUGGUGUCGCCGAUCCCGAACCGGACACUAUGAUACAAGACAACAUCGCUGCGGCGUACGCGCCGUCCGGUUACUCGAUAUCCGAAGAAUUUAAAUUACAAACCCACGGUCUGGACUCUCCGCACCACCAGGGAUUGUACGGGGGCCUAGGUCACUCGCCAACUUCCGGUUCGCCUUGCUCCGUGUACGCUUACCAGCCUUAUCAUCGGAACUACGGCGCGGGCCAGUUCCAUCAAACGACGACUGCCGAAAUUCAACAGCAGCAGCAGCAGAUACCAGUGACCCAAAUGGUAGUACCACCUCCGCUGUCAGCGCAAAAAUCCUCGGAUGACGCGGCAGCGACGUGUUGGUUGCAGCAUAAUGGCGGUGGAUCGGCUUUCGAACACCAUCUGCACCAUCAACAGCAGCUGUCGUCAGCGUAUCAAUCGCAUCACCAGCAGAGGCAACAGGACAACAACAGCAUGACUGGAGGUGUCCAACAGCAGCAGCAGCAACAGCAGACGGCCAAGAUGACACAGCAACAGCAACAGAAAGCGGUCAAGGAGCAGCGAAUCCGAAGACCCAUGAACGCGUUCAUGGUAUGGGCUAAGGUGGAGCGGAAAAAAUUGGCUGACGAAAAUCCUGACUUACACAACGCUGACCUUAGCAAGAUGCUAGGAAAAAAAUGGCGAAGUCUGACGCCGCAGGAUCGUCGGCCGUACGUGGAGGAAGCUGAACGGCUGCGGGUGAUCCACAUGCAAGAACACCCCAACUACAAGUACAGGCCCAGGCGCAGGAAGCACAACAAGCAGCGCGCGGGCUCGCCGACUACCGUGGUCGGGGUGUCGUCGGCGGCGGCGCAGGGGGGCUCCGGACAAUCGCCCACGUCCCGGCGCCCGAACUCGGCAGGCCAGGUCAAGCUGGUCCAGUACCCGUCCAGCUCGCCGUACCAGAGCUCGUCGUCGUACUCGUCGCCGGCCGUCCACCAGCAGCAACCGUACGCGUAUCAGCCGUACAGCCCGUCGAAGACGACGUCGCCGUACUACCCGAACAGCGAGAGCCCGUACUCGCCCGUCCGCGUGUCCGAGGUCAUCACUCCCGAGUCUUCGCCCACGUGCAGUCCCGAUCCGGACAAACCCGCCGGCCCGGCCGCGGCCACCGACGAGAUAGGCGGUGCACAGGCCCCGGACGGCGGACUGCAGCUGCAGCAGCGGUCGGCCAGCAAGACGCCCACGCUUCCCACGCCCGAGCUGUCGCCCAUGGAACCGGCCGCGGGCGCAGGCAAAGACCCACACCACCACUCGCAUCACCAUCAACACCACGGCCACCAGCACUUGCACCACCCGUACCACCGGACCGACGUUGUCAAGUACGAACUCGACGACUUUGGCGGCUAUUACGGAAGCGUCGGUGGACAGAAACUGCUGAACAACAACAACAACCACCAUCGACAAUUUAACAACAACAACAACAGUCAGACGUCGUCUUAUCAACCGGCUCCCGGUUCGAUAGCGGCCAUGGGAGUGGCCAAGGGCAUGGUGAUGAUGUGCACCAAUCAACGAUUGGCGUACGAACACAACAAUUUAGUGACCGGUACGUUUUACCCGCCGAUAGCCACGUCCCAAGACCAGCAGGUACUAGGACCCAACUCGCAACACCAUCAACAACAACAGCAACAACAACAACAACAACAACAACAGCAGCAGCAGCAGCAGCAGCAACAGCAACAGCAGCAACCACAUUACGCCAACAGGCCGUUCUACUCGACCAGUGGACUUCACGCUGCCGGCACCGCCGUCUAUACGAGCAGCCUUUCGUCGGCCACGGCCAUCGCGGCCGGCAGAACUCCGUCUGACGGAUACCACGCCGCCGGAAGCAUACUGCAACAGCAGCAAGAAGACCACCACCACAACUUGCAGGGCUUGCAACAGCACAGACAACAGUCGACGGGCAACGACUACCACGGUGCGGGUGCGGGCAGAGGCGGUGGCGGCGAAAUCAUCGAGAUGGGCUUCGAACACCACCAAACGCCCUCGGAAAUGCUGUUGGCAAACCUACAGCGGCCCAGAUCUCAGCAGUCCGACGUCGCGGUGGACGCGUCGUCGUCCGCCGGAGCCGGCUCCGAACUCGAUCGGUACUUAAAAUACAUAGCCCAACAGCCAGACAACAAUCACAACUAUCAGCAGCAACAGCAGCAGCAGCAACAACAACACAUCAUGUUUGCCGGUAUACAACAAUCACACCACCAACCACCGCAACAACAACAACAACAACAACAACAACAACACCACCACCACCAGCAUCAUCUCCAGCAGCAACAGCAGCAGCAGCAGCAGCAGCAACAGCAACAGUACGGCUCUUACUAUUCACCGGCGAUGGUACAACACGUCGUGCAUCAGGACGUGCACCAUCACCACCAACAGCAGCACCACGGCCCGUCGUAUCUGCUCAACAACUGCGGUAUAAAAAGCGAGUUCGGCGGUUACGCGUCUCUGGACGGUCUGCCGCCACAGCACUAUCCCGACGUGCAGAACGUACCGGCCACGGCCAACAUGCAGAGCGUGGCCGCGGCCGCAGCGGCCGCCGCAGGUCAGGUGUUGGCUGUCGGAGGCGGCGGCGGCAAACCGGACGAAGAGUUCAGCGUCAUACUUGCGGACGUCCGGAAGACUUGCUACAGCAGUUGAAGCCGUCGUCUGGUGGUGAUCUGGUCGGCGGGCUUAACACGGAACAACGUAUGAAAGCCUGAGCGACUCGCGAAACGCGUUCGAAAUCAAACUUAACACGUUGUACAUUAUAUUACGUUCUUCUCUUUGCGAUUUUUAAUAUUAUAUACUAUUUUAUUAUUUUAUUUAUUUUCGCAGACUCGUGCGCCGCGCGAGAAAUUGUACACAACGUCAUAAUAUUGUGUAUAAUGUAAGUAUAAUAACACAUUUGUUGCGAUAUUCGAUUGUUUUAUUGUGUGUAUAUAUAUAUUCGAAAACCGCAUAGGUUCUGUGAUGAUUCGCUUUAUCUCGAGCGACACUGUUUUUAUUAUUAUUAUUAUUAUUAUUUAUCCGUGUUUAUGUAAUAUUAUAAUAUACAUAUUAUAU